GGGGGGGGGGAACCAAACAAGUUCUAUCAUACUAAUAGAAUAGUGGAUUUCUAGUAAAAUCAACAUUGAGGAAAAUAUUGAGCACGCACACAAGGUUUAGGCCGCUCUUUUAGUGGGAUAAUCGAAUGGGGCCAAACGAGAUUUCAUUUGCAAUCAGAUACGACACGAGAUUAAUUAGUAGCUUGAUACAACCCGUGCAUCGGUCUGCAGAUCAAUGUCAGAGAUAUCGUGAUUCCAUCAGACCUAGCUGCCCUUUGGAGACGAUGCAUCAAGAUUUAGUCUACACUAGCUGGAUAUUCGACUGGCAGAAUGUGCAAUUAGAUACCCAACCUUGUUCGUUAGUAACAGAGGAUUUCUUUGGUAAUAUCGACGACAGAAAUCCAAUCAGCAGUCAGCUGCAAUAGCCAACGUUGCACCGCAAAUCGGCCGAGCGUCACACGAGUGUGUCACGAGUACCGCACAACCGAACCGGGGUACCCUUGACAACGACAUUUUAGACUCAAAACAAACACACAAAAGUGCCAAACGCAAAUAAACUAGAUUUCGGCUUGAUCUGGAUCUCGGCAGAGAGACACACUAGUGACGUCCGAAACAAGAUUGAUCUACCUCGGAGCAGCAGAGUGUUGUACAGUCGAAUAUUAUUUGGACAAUAGAUCCCAUCGCGACAUCAAUGGAUUUACCUUGGCUUAGCGCUAAGUGACUUUGCUCGUCGACAGCAGACGCAUCUGUCAAUCUUCAAAGGCAAUUAUCAAAAAACGGGAGGGACAGACUACAGCAAGAAAACAUGUCCCGAUCACGUGAGUGCCCUCACCUGUACACCGCGGUCGACGAUCCCCGCAUAUUACGUUCCCCCCUGCCUCUGCAAUCUCCUAUUGACAUAUUAACGACUCCCAGGCGCGUCGUCUAUGACGCUGUAAAGGGCGCAGAGUUAUCAUUCCAUCCGAAAGCAGAUGGCAACCCUUUAAAGUCGACAUCUUACAGAAUAAAAAACCUUUGCCAAAAAAUCCAAAUCUCUUUUUUGUUUCAACCCAGGUCUCAAUUCGCUUAUGGCAUUUGUUGCACGUGGGACCAACUGACAGGCGAUCCUAAACCAUUCCCUACUAGCUAGGAGGAGCUGGCUGGGAAGGUAGCGCCCCGCUUCCCUCCUGUUGCUGCAUUAGAAAAUGUUUAUUUGGCGGCAGACGACAUGUGUCGCAUUGGAAGUUGGGUUGGCGAGUAUAUGGGAGCUUGUCGUCUAGAUAGACUUAGCAGAUAUACUAUAGUCGAGCGCGUUUUUCUUCGACUCUGGAGACUGGAAACAGAGGCCAGCAGACAGAAUGGCGGUGGCACGGCCCGGCACAGUGGCAGCGCAUCCGUUCCCAAUAGGAUUUAUUUUGGCGACGACUUCUUGGGCCGACUGUUGGCGCUUGCGCAACGAGAUCCGCACCACUCGCAAAAGCCCUUGGAGCGCAUAUACACCAAUGUCGCCCGUUCGUCUCCACAUCAGUUCAGAGUUGUGUCUCCUACAAGAUCCAAGAGUGUCGCCCUGAUUUGCAUUCGCCUACUUUUCGCCAGACCCGAAACAGAUCCAGCCAUCUAUACAGAGUCGAUCCAUCCCGUACGGAUAUUUGGUUUUUUGUUCUCUCUUUUCCGCAAACAACAGCAACAAAACUGUCUACGUCGUCAGAUUCCGCCUAUCGAGCCAGACCAGACUGUCAUCAUGAAAAGCGGGAUACAAUAUCAAAUCAAAGUCAUCAUCAUCGGAGCCCGUCAAGUCGGGAAAUCAGCCUUAACGGUUCGCUACUUGACACGGCGUUACAUCGGAGAAUACAAAUCCCACACAGACCUAUCAUAUCGUCAAGUAUUCUGCAUAGAUGGAUCCAGCAUUGAAGUGGAGAUCGUUGAUGUCUCCAAUCAUCCGGAGGAUACGAGUGUGCCGGUAACGCGGGCCAAAAACAGCGACGCCUGCGUCGUUGUCUAUUCGAUAUCCGACAGGACGAGCUUCAAAGCUGCCCACGAAGCUCUCGCCGCCCUCCAGGCCAGCAGCAGUCAGCGAAAAUCUUUCGAAGACGAUAACAAAGAAGAGCAAGAAAUCAAUCCAGCGCCCUUAUCCGUACCUGUCGUUCUGCUGGCCAAUAAGAAGGAUCUAGGACAUCUGAGACAGGUGGAGGCGGAUGAAGGACGCGAGUUGGCCAAACAGUUCUCCUGCGUCUUCUGCGAAGUCUCAGCCGCAGAUCCGGCAGAGAGCGAGCCCGAAGAUUUGGCCGGAAUCUUCAACCAGUUGAUCAAGGAAGCGCGCAGCUUCAAAAUCCGUCAACAGGACACCAACAACAACGCCAAUAACAACAACAACGGCAGCAGCAGCAACAACAACCGACAGAGGAAGCGGUCCGUUUACAUCAUCAAUCGAAUGCUCGGCUCGCUCAUGGGCCGCAAUUCCAUGCCACCGGAAUUACCUUCGUCCCGCAAAGGAGGAACCUCCCAAAUGGCCUCGUCCAUGCCCAACGUGGCGGGAUCUUUCCGGUCUGUCUUCAAAAAGAGAUCCGUAUAAAAAUAUAACACUUCACUUCCGCCAUGCCCACGAGAUUGUGUCAAGAGAUUCCCCGUAUAAACACACACAAAAAUACUCUCUUUACCUGAUGUCUAUAUCACGAACGAAAAAAAAAUAUAUAUAUCUUGAUUAUUAUUUAUUUUGAAUUUGGAUCUAAAUGAAAUUUGUUAUGGCCCCUCGCCAUAAAAAGAAUGAACCCCCUUCUUGUGAAGGGGAUAAUUGUUUUAUUUCUAUAAACAAAAUUCUAUUAAAUUAACUCUCGAUGCUGUUUUCUAAAUGCUUUGUAAAAAAAAAGGGAAAAUGUAUAAAUGUUUUGAUGACCAGCCAAUCAUCAAAACCCUUUAUUUGAUCAAACAACGGCUCAGAAUUUGUAUGUGCACAUGUGAUAAUACCGGUUGUUAUGUUUAUUGUCACAGUUAUUGGCCCAUCGAUUGCGAUUUUGUGUGCGUGAAAUUCUCCCCGUUUCUUCACUGUGAUGAUUAAAAGAGAAAAACAAAUUUGAAUAUGGAAUGAAAAACGGAAUGGAAAAUAUGCCGACGACGAUGAUGUUUCAAUCGUGCAAUCUGUCUAGAACAUUUCGUACCGUCAAUGAGGAUGUUUCUUGUCGUCGCCUUGGGCGCACUUCCAGAAAGUGAACGUGUCCCACUUUUUAAUGGAAUAUAAAACUAAAAGUAUCUUCAAUAAACAUGAAAACAAAAACGAACAAAAACUAAAAACAAACGGUGAAACCGUCACUUUUUUUCGGGCGAAAGGCGCGAGGCGAUUUAUGGCGUCCGUUGCGACUUGCGAGUGAGUAAUGAUUCAGCAGCAAUAACAACAGCACCGUGUGUGUUUGCAUUCGCCAAAAGGAUUUGCGAAUACAUUUACAGCUCCUUUUUCAUUGAACAUGUCCACAUCAAAACUAAGAGGGGGGGAAAUAGCCAGACGCUUGUCCAAAAAUACUAAAGCUCGGCGCUAUGGAAAUCGAGGAAAUCGGCGACGGAGAAUAGGCCGUUAAAACUAAUCGUGCAGAGAUGCUCAGCGUGAAAUCCCGCCGCCGCUCUCUCUACCUGUCUCUGGUAAGGAGUUGGUAAAUAUGGUAAUCGAGAGACAAGGACACGACCACUUCCUGGAUAGUAGUGGCUUAUGGUUAUUUUGUAAAAAAGCAUGAAUUUCGAUAAGGAAAACCCAGUGCUUGCAUUGCAUCGUCAUUCUUUUGUUGUUGGUACUCUUGACGCCAAGUUUGGAGGUGCGGCUGGCGCGCCGUUAUAACGAGAUGCAACUUGCCUCCAUCGUCUAGUCAGAACAACACAGAAAGAAAAAAAGGGAGAGAGUCGAAGAGAGUUGAAAGUAGUGUGCACCACAGUGCCGGAUGGACAACAACAACACGACGGACGGACAAAGAAAAGCGACGGCCAACCGAGACUCAAACGCAAAGACAAAAAUGCGACUGGACGAGAAAAUCACAAGUGUCGCAUUCGGUCGAUCUACUAAAAUCGAUUCGGAUAAAAACGCUCCACGGAUAAGGAUUUGUGUCCUAGGAUUCGCGGCGGUCGGGAAAACGGCUGUGGUGGUUCGUUACUUGACCAAUCGUUUCAUAGGAGAGUACUGCUCAGGAAAAGAUUUGCUCUACAAAAAAACUAUUAAAAUCGAUGGAUUCCCUUCGCAGAUCGAAAUAGCUGACACAUCCAAUAAAUCGGCUCACGGCUUUGUCCAUUCUGGUCAGGACGCACGCCAAAGUUGAUAUGACAAAUUGGAGCAGAAACUUGGCUAGUUGAUCGAUCUAUUUCGACAAAACAUAGCUAGUCAUAGGCCCAUAUUUGUGAUAUGGCGCUCAACUAGCUAUAGCUGAUCAACGUUUGGGGAAAGCGUUAAUGUCAAGGACAUAUUCAAUUUUAUUGAUGUGACAGAUCUGAGAAUUUACGCAAGCGAAAUCGGAUCAGUCAUGUCUUAUUCCAAAAUACGUACGUCAAGCGCGAGCAAUGGAUUGGACCUUGACAUCAAUAUUUUCGAAUGACUGAUUAUUGCAAAGUGAUGGGAGGGAGAUGACUUGAUGAGAAACAUAUUAAAGCAAUAGUACCACAGCUGACAAAAACAUUUUACAUUUUCUCUUUCAAAUGUAAAAUAUUUGGUCCCUUCUAUUGAUUUUUCCAGGCGGAUUUAUCUUUCCCCUCGGUUCACGUUUCGUGGGCGGACGCCUGCAUCAUAGUUUAUUCCAUCGAAAGUAGCGCAAGCUUCGAAGCCGCCGCUACAAUGCUCGAGAAAAUACAGAGUAUCAAGAUGCCAUUUUACCAUCCCGUCCUUCUGUUGGCGAACCAAAAAGAUCUGGAGCAUCUUCGCCAGGUUCGCGUCGAAGACGGCCAAGCGCUAGCAUUACAAAAUAACUGCCACUUUGCUGAACUUUCGGCAGCUGAAGACCUAGACGGAGUGGAGCUGACGAUGACCGCAUUGUUUCGCGAUGUGCGGACACUCAAGUCACAGCGGACUGCCGUUCGUCAGAAAAAGCCUUCGUUAAUGCACGUCACCAAGUUAUUUAGUUCUUUGAUUGGGCGUUCCUCUAGCUCUUCUUCGUUCAACGAAACCGACACGGAAAAACCGAAACUCAAAAGCAGUUCAACUGCGUCGUCGCUUCACACGGGCGACGAAUGCGAAAUCAAAGUGAACACGCCAACAGAAAAGGAGGUCAAAUCAAAUAAAGGAAUAAAAAAACGUCCUUCUUUCUCUCUAUGAUCCCCGCUGUAAUCUACCUCCUCAAUCAGCGACCAGUCCGAGUAGGCGGCUAAGUCCCCUGCAUCAGAAUGAUUACUAAUGCAUUCCUUUUGAAUCGUGCUCUAACGAGGUGAUCUCUUUUAUACCGGAUGUAUAUUUUUGUUUACACAGCCUUAUUGGAGCAGUGCCAAAAGUGUAGCCCUCCACCUCAUUACAUUUUCAAGCCAAUGACAAUAUUGAAUAUAGUUCUAAUAAACACAAACAAA